AUGGAACCUACAGACAUGCACUAUUACAAUACCGCCGCGAAAUACACUUGGCCUCGUCGGCACCAACAGUUCGUAAACUGUACGUCUGGUUGCUUUGGCGGGCUGCUGUACAAUGAAACGGCCGCAAGAGGGAAAGAGUGGAAGUAUUUGAACGAAACGCUUGGAAAAAGCCGAAAGCUGAGCGCAACAGCACUUUCCCCCGUAUACCAGGUCUUUCCUCACACUCGUCAACACUUCUCAACCACAAGUGCUGACAGAGUCAAUGAGUUUUCUGUGACCAACUAUCUGAAGGAGGAAUGCCCCGGAUUCGAUUUUCCUGUUGAAAUGGUUACCGAUCUCGUUAGAGAAAGCAUGCUACAUCAGAUCGAGUGGGAGAAAUAUGAUCCAUAUCUAGGAACUCGAAUCGCUUCCGGAACGUUUGAUAAUGGAGAGAAACAGAAGUUUCUCGCUUUUCCGAUGGGACCCCUUGGGAAUGAGUUGAACUUAUCGCUACUUGAUUGGCAUGAGAGCGCGUAUGAUUCAAAAUCUGAUAUAGGCCAGUUUGUAUUGCAACCGUCAGCAGAAUCUGCACUGCGAUUUAGGACUCCGAUCCGGCAAAUUGUCUGUUCAGAAGAUUAUGGUUCAGCACAUCCAUGUUUGAUAGCAGUAAGAACGACGACUGCAACAACGUUUCUGACACUCGUUCCAAAGAAGGAUGGUAAACGGGACUUUCCACGUUCAACGAACGCUAUUGCGAUAGAUUCGAUUUCUAACAUGGGAUUGGCCGCAACUUCAGAACACAUGCAUGUUACGUUUAACCCGUUAUUAUACGGAGAAGCCGCCAUUAUUGAUGGAAGUGGCAGCGUUCAUAUAUGGAGAGCGACAUUGCAAAAGAAAAUUGCGCGGUUUGAUAAAUUUGAGUAUAAUACUGUCCAACUAUCAGAACCCUCUUGUGACACACCUCAGCAGGAUUGGUGGACUCGCUGCGAAUAUGGAGCACACCCACAGUCGUUGUUUGUAGUUUCUCGAAAAGAAGCGAGCGUUCUAGACUUUAGGACUCCCUCCAAGACACGCUCUUCCACAUUAUUUGUUUCAAAAUCAAACGAAAAUAUCUAUGCUUUCCAACGUUCCUCGGCAUGGCAUUCGUUUGAAUCAAUAAUAGCUACAGAGAAACGCGUUAUCGUUCUCGAUCAACGAUUUCCAAAGCGUCCCCUACUAGAUUGGUUAUCGUAUUUUCCGCAAAACCCUCCCGGAGGAAUAGAAGUAAUAUCAAAUAACGAUGUCACCGUUGCAGUAUGUUGGUCCGCUGUCAAUGCCAAGAUCAACGCAUUUACUUUCAGCCGGACACCAUCGGGUAGUAUCAGCUCGCCAAUAACUCCAACAGCUAUCACGUCCUUUCAUCAAGACCCAUUCUUUGUUCAAUCUCACAAUAGUAUGGCUGAUUCUGACUUUCUCGUAGAAAGGCAAUCCUUACUUGAAGAACUCGUCUCUCCGAGCCUUCUCCCGCCGCUAUCGUCCGUCUUUCUCCUGAAAGGUCAAUUAAAAAUGUGCAAAGAAAAACAUCGCACGGGAAGAGAUCAAGAAAAGGUUGGGCUUAAGAACGAGGAGGUUUGCAGCGUCCUGCAACUUGCAAGCACUGGUGGAAUAUAUGCUCAGGUAGUACACUUUGGAUUGGUAGAAAAGUUGGGAAGUUUGCAGCAUACAGACGGAGAGAAGUACCGAGACUUAUUUAGUAAAAAAGAGUUUUCGAAAGAGCUAUUAGAUUUGGAGGCCAAGUCUUUAGAGGAAAAGGUCGAGAACAACAAGUUUCAUCAAUUGUUACGAUUUAAUCGAUUAUGGGACUUUACAACUCGGGAGUUCAAGGGCUCGCGACUGACAGAAUCUGAUUCAUCCGGUUCGCUCGAAUUAAAUAAACAUAUAUCAGAACACGGAGGCAGCGGGCAGCCUUUUUCUAUAAUACAGUCUCAACCUCGACGCACUUCAUCUCCACAAGCUGCUUCUUCGAAAACAUGUCUUUCAUUACUCUUUCCUUUGUUUCUUUCGGCCAGCUUCGUUUCUUGGGACGCUCUCUUCUAUUAUCUCAAUAGUUACGCUCAUUUUCAUAACGUAGUUCUACGUCCCUCAUCAUCUACAUAUUCUCCUACCGGCUUCCUUACGUCUGUUCGAUUUUCUUGUGUUUUAUUGAAGUGUACAUGGAAGCUCGUUUGUAAGGCCAACAAAUCCAACGGGAACGUGGUUUUGACACAAUUCUGGGAUAGACAUAGUCACAAGCUAGAAAGUAUAAUAACAAAUGACGAUUCUUCUGUUAGCGAUGAAGAGUGUGAAAUAACAGAAUGUUCUGUUACCACAGACAAAAGUUGUGAAGCACCUGGGCUGAACAACGAACAUCGAAAGAAAGUGCGAAAGAAUAAGAGGAUUAAAGGUGUUAACAAAACCAAAUAUAGCGGUUUAGUGAGGCGCUUUACGAAGAAUUUGACGAAUACUAAACGAUUUGAGAAGGCUGUUACGCAGAAAGUUUCCAUAGAGUUAUCAAACGAGGAUGUUAACAAAGCUCGACAAAGUGUUGGACAUCCGGUUACUGCCUUCGAAGUAAGGAAAUAUUGCUCACGCGACUCGGCGCAACAAUUCAUAUAUGAAGACUCGGUAAAAAACUCUGACUGCACGCCUAUUGAUUGGAAUUAUGCUGAUCCGGACGUAUUUCUUGAGAAUCUUCCAUCAAGAAAUGAAAUUUCCUUGCUUUUAGGAACUCUUAAGAAGUUUGGCUUUCCUGUUAUGGAAGAUCAUGUUACUUCACCAUUACCGACGUUAAGGGAAAAUAUUCAAGAAAACCUACGCCAAGCGUAUAUCACGCCAAUUGCAAUCGGUUCUUCAACUAUAUCAACGAAUAAUUUGAACUUUCGCGAGUUUGCAAUAUCCGAAAUCACAAACGAUCUUCUCCUGAGUCAGGAAAUAAUAAGACCAUUGAUAAAUAGCACGGAUGAAUACCAUUAUGUUUCUGAUCUGUACCACUUUUCUAAACAAAGAGACAAUUCAGAACAGUGGAAUACGUCAGGAAUCGCGUUAUGCAAAUCAGCAUGUGGUGAGGAGAUAGAAUGGUCUGUAGCUGCUAGAUGGUUGAUAGAUGAUUGGAAAUUGGGUCAGAAUUAUCAGGAUUACGUAUUCGCAACACCGAACAUUACACAGCGUGAAGAGAAGGCAAGGAAGUCAAAUGACAGACCUAUGAGAGAGAUGAACGUUGGGAGUACAACGGAUAUAUAUGCUGAUCUCUAUCAUGAGGAUAGUUCGAUGGAUAUUUCGGCGUCAAUUAGCGAGAUAGUUAACACAAAUAACGAUGAGGGAAGGGAGGCUGAUGAACUAGUGGUAGUUGAACCAUCAACGGGAUCUGCAAUGGACGUGGCUGUUAUCGAUGACGAGCGAACACCAGAAGAUAUUCCAACUGUUAUAUCUACUUCUGAAAAUCAGAAGAAAGAGAAACCAAAAAAGAAGAAACCGCGACGUAUGGGGUUUUAG